GUGGUCGUCGAAGAGCAAAGCGAAAGAUGUACACAAGCAGACGAUAUAUAGCGGCUCAUGAGACCUCGUCUCGCCGGAUGCUUUCUGCGUUUAUUUUCAAUGCAGAACAACGGCAGUGAUUUCGAAUACUCUUUAAGAUGCUGUCAACUUCCAUUCAAUCGGUUGCCAAGCAGCUAAAAAACUCAAAGAUUUCUGCCUCUGAGCUGUGUGAUGCCAGUUUAAAGCAGAUAGAGAAAACGAAGUCACUAAAUGCAUUUAUAACUGUGACAUCCGAUGUAGCCCUCAAACAGGCAAAGGAGAGCGACCAGAGAUUCUUGAACGGGAUGACAAGAGGUGACUUGGAUGGCAUUCCUAUUGCUAUCAAGGACAACUUUUGCACUCAAGGGAUUUUAACAUCAUGUGGCUCGAAUAUGCUGUCCAAUUUUCUUCCACCGUAUGAUGCUACUGUUGUCUCCAGACUUCGAGAUGCAGGAACUGUAAUGGUUGGAAAAUGUAAUUUGGAUGAAUUUGCCAUGGGGUCUGGUACAGUUGACUCCAUUUAUGGCCCAACAAAAAACAUAUGGGGCUCAAACAUCCCUUAUGACGUGACAUACAAACCUAAUCACAAAAUGAGUUCAUCAAAACCCAAAGUUGAUCCAGAGGAUUGGCGUAUAGCAGGUGGAAGCUCAGGUGGAAGUGCUGUGGCAGUAGCAUCAGGGUCGUGCUUUGCGGCUCUAGGGUCUGACACUGGCGGCUCCACACGUAAUCCUGCAGCAUACUGUGGUGUUGUCGGAUUCAAGCCAUCUUAUGGAUUAGUUUCAAGACAUGGACUUAUACCUCUAGUUAAUUCCAUGGAUGUGCCUGGUAUUAUUGCCCGUUCCGUGGAGGAUGUAACUUUAGUUCUGAAUGCAAUAGCCGGUCCAGAUGUCAAUGAUUCUACCACUCUAAAGAGGAAAUAUGAAAAAGUUUCUUUAGACGAAGGUGUGAAUCUCCUAGGAUUGCGUAUUGGCAUUCCCAAAGAAUAUCAGAAUACUGCAAUAGAUGCGGAAAUAGUUGAUAUCCUGAAAAAAACUGCAUCAAUCUUCAAAGAAUGUGGUGCAAAUGUAACUGAGGUGUCCUUGCCUCAUACCCCUUACUCUAUAACAUGCUAUUCUGUAUUAAAUCAAUGUGAAGUGGCUUCCAACAUGGCUCGCUAUGAUGGCCUCAGAUUUGGUAUUAGAGGUGAUGUUACUAUUUCUACAGAGCAAUUGUAUGCAGAAACUAGAAGCAGAGGUUUCAAUGAAGUUGUGCGUAGCCGAAUCUUAUCUGGAAAUUAUUUUCUCUUAAAGAGGAAUUAUGAAAAGUAUUUUGUGAAGGCUUUGAAAGUACGCCGUUUGAUUAAAAAUGAUUUUGAUUCUUUGUGGGAUAGUAAUUUUGACAUUCUUCUAACACCGACAACUUUAAGCCAUGCUCCCAAAAUAUCAGAAUUCAAACAAUAUGAUAAUCAGACACAAUGUGUCACUCAGGAUUACUGUACCCAGCCUGCCAACAUGGCCGGUACGUACAACACUGCUCUGAUGGUACAUGAUUCGUUCCAGAAAUUUAAUAACUGGUUUUGUGUGUUUGUUUUAGGAAUUCCUGCAAUAACUGUGCCUGUUGGCCUGUCAAGAGAAGGUCUACCUCUUGGUUUACAACUAAUGGCACCUGUUUUCCAUGAAAAUGCAUUAUUAAGAACAGCUCUUUGGCUGCAACAAGCAGUAAAUUUUCCACAGCUAAAAUUAAAAGUGUAGCAAUCUUUUGUGGAUAGUUUUGUUUCAUGGUAUGGUCAAAUUUCUGUUGUCUGAGGACAGGUUUGUUUGUAUAGUCAGAUUCUACCGACCCUUGAAUUACCACCUAGCUCUGAGUUGUUCAUGAGGACGUAAUUAAUAAAAUGGUGUUAUUUAAUA